AUGUACAGAAGUACAUUGUGAAGAAUUACUUCUACUAUUACCUGUUCAGAUUUUCAGCCGCUCUGGGUCAAGAAGUAUUCUACAUCACAUUCCUCCCGUUCACCCACUGGAAUAUUGAUCCCUUUUUAUCCAGAAGGCUGGUCAUCAUAUGGGUUCUGGUGAUGUAUGUGGGCCAGGUGGCCAAGGAUAUCUUGAAGUGGCCCCGCCCAUUCUCGCCACCUGUGGUAAAGCUGGAAAAGAGGGUCAUGGCUGAGUUCGGGAUGCCGUCUACCCACGCCAUGGCAGCCACUGCUAUUUCUUUCACGCUCCUUAUCUCGACGAUGGACAGAUACCAGUACCCUUUCGCCCUGGGCCUGACGCUGGCCGUGGUGUUCUCCGCCUUGGUGUGUCUCAGCAGACUCUACACCGGGAUGCACACGGUGCUGGACGUGCUGGGCGGCGUCCUCAUCACCGGGGUCCUCGUGGCGCUCACCUUGCCCGCCUGGCCUCUCAUCGACAGCCUGGAGUCGGCCAGCCCGCUCUUGCCGGUGUGUGUGCUGGUGGUCCCGUUCUUCCUGUGCUACAACUACCCCGUGUCUGACUACUACAGCCCCACGCGCGCUGACACCACCACCAUCAUGGCGGCCGGGGCGGGGGUCACCAUUGGCUUCUGGAUCAACCAUUUUUUCCAGCUGGUGUCGGAGCCCACCCAGCCUCGCCCGGCCGUGCAGAACAUCCCGCCACUCACCACCGACGUGGUGGUGUUGGGCCUGACCAAAUUCACUGUGGGCAUCGUGCUGAUCCUGUUGGUCCGGCAGCUCGUGCAGAAUCUCUCUCUGCAAGUGCUGUACUCGUGGUUCAAGGUGGUGGCCAGGAACAAGGAGGCCCGGCGGAGGCUGGAGAUCGAAGUGCCUUACAAGUUUGUCACCUACACGUCUGUUGGCAUCUGUGCCACCACCUUCGUGCCCAUGCUGCACAGGUUUUUGGGGUUGCUCUGAGUCUCCGGUUGGAAAUGAGGCCACUGGACGUGAGACAAAGACAACA